UGAUUACGUAGCUAAUAUGUUUUACGUCAGUGUGAUGUCAUGACACAGCCAGUCAGCGUGCCAGCAGACAUCUUGAAAAGUCUCAACGCAGACAUUUUGUCAAACUUGUAAGGCAGACGCCUCAAGCAAUCCACUGAAAUAUUCUCGCGGACUGUAGCUCAACGUACUACGUGCAGUGCACUACUUCAACCACGACAUGAUUGUACGACACGUCACGAUUGUCAGCAGCAGUAGCCUGUGAUGUUGUAAGGGACCACGAAGCCCCCGCGUCCCUGCACCAUGAGUUACUCGGAGCCAGCGGCCAACGAUGACCAGCUGGCCGAGGAGGAGUUCGACAUGCUAGAUGACCAUCUCGCUGUGAAGGUUCUUCAGGGGCGAGAGGGCCGACACCCCAGUCCCCCGCCACCACCGCCCACCCCUCCACCCCGCGCCACCCCUAAGAACAGAGACUCCAGACUGUCCCGGGGCUGCGGAGACGGCAGGCGACAUGUCAACCAUGCCCGCACCUUCCACGACCGCAACAGCUUGCACCUGCAGCACCUGCGUCACCUCCGAGCAGCGACAGACACUGGCAACGACGCCCACGACUGCGACCGCCGAAGCUGCCAUCAACAACCGCACAACGGCUGUCACGAGAAGGCAAGAGAAGAGCAGCAUCAUCAAUGUCCGCACCAGUUCCACAUCGACGAUAACCACGACGACGUCGACGACCCAACAGAAAGUUCGAGUGGCAGGUUGUUCAAGGCCAGCAGCAAGGUCCUCUCGGCCUACUGCUUUCAAGACGAGAAAAGUUCAAAGGGCACGCAGGAGACCGGAUGCUCAGAUCCACGACGUACUGCACCGCCAAAAGAAGCGACCUUGAACUCCAGGCUGAAGGUGAGUCAGUCGCUGUCGGAACACAGCAAGGAGCCCCGCAGGGUGGAGCCCCGUACCCCACGCGCCAAGAAGACAGUGAGUGACAGUCACGUGAGUGACAAGGUCAGCACCAGUCGUACCAGUGACAGAGUCGGCACGAGCUUAGCUGACUUCGUCAAGCAAGAAGCGACCUUCACCGAGGGCGCAGCCAUGGAUGAUGACGAGCUCGCCGCUAGUGACCCUAGUCUGGUGGUGUCAGAGGUCACUGUGAUGGAGAUCAGCAACAUGUCCGAGUACCAGCUGGCGGUCCUCGGGAACGAGGACUCCAAGGAGACGCAAGAAAGCACCACCAUGAUGGAAGAUGCAGACGAUCCCAGGACGAGCGCCGUGGUGGCGGACCUGGUGGGCGGCCUGGACUCACACAUCAGAGCGCUGUGCCGCAACCUGGCCUCCUUGGUGUUGCCGGACAGGUGGCUCACACGGGAGCCUACCUCCCAGCGGCCUCCUACUCCGGCUCCUGGCCAAAGAGUCCCAGUGACGUCAAAGUGUUGGACCUCGUCAGCGUGUCGGACGAUGACAGGUACUACGAUUGUCUUUCCUCCUAUACUGACGUCACAGAGGUGCCGCCUGAUGGCCGCACGCUGGACACUACAGCCACGAAGACGCCGCUACACACCACGAGCUGCAUGACGUUUGCACACAGUCCAGCACAGAACACAGUU